GUGAGAUUCUUAGUUGUAUUACUUAUAGCUUCCUUGUUCGUAGACAAAGCGGAUUCAGAAUUGUCUUUCAUUUCAAGGCAUAACUUGUAUUCAUGCGCUUCCUAUUCGCUUAGAGUUCACUCCAAGAAAUAUAGGCAUGGCUACUCUCCUACGAUAAUGUAG